AUGAAUGAUCGGAAAAACCAAUCAUUGACCACCGAAAACAUAGCGAUCACUGGAGCUCUGAAUACCAUGUUGAAAACCGAUCAAGAAUUCAUUGAUGAAAAAAUAACUGUAUGUACAUCCAUGAUGAAUCAAUCCUGCUACUUAAUUUGUCAGCAUGGACUUCGAUUUGCUGGCACUUUAAUCAAAGCUGGCAUUGCGUUUGCAGCUGCUGCAAGUGAUAAUCAUAACAAUUCAAAUGGUUUUCAAGAUUCAUCAUUUGCCGCAAUAUCUGGGUGGAUUCCAUGUCUGUUUGUGAAUCAUUUAGACCCCAUAUGUUCUGGAUAUAUUGGUUACUUCAAGCAUAGGAAAAAGAUUGAAGACAUUGGAGCUGGGGGUCUUGCAAGGCUAACAAGCCAGCAUUCACUAGGGAAUAUGGCAAUGAGUGCAGUGGGAAUAAAGGGUAUUGACACUACGGAACCACUUCAUUUGCUUCCUUCGGCAAAUCUGACAGUGAAUCUCUAUCCUUGCCAAGAUGUGAUUUCUGCUCAUGAGCUUCAUCAAUGGUGGAGGCCUGAUCUGAACUUGAGUUGCAGUGUUUACUAG